AGAAGAAUCAGUCGAGCUUUUAUCAACUCGAAGUGGCUACGUAAAUGUUAGCAAGGUGACACAAAUGGUUGUUCUUUCUCUUGGAUAUUGUUUCCCAUUGCUGACUCGACAUGGGCAAGAGAGACAAUCGAGUGGCUUACAUUAACCCCAUUGCUGCUGCACGAGCCAGGGGGCCGGUACAGGGCUCUGGGCCAACCAUUCAGGAUUAUUUAAGCAGACCUCGACCAACAUGGGAGGAGCUAAAGGAACAGCUGGAGAAGAAGAAAAAGGGCUCUCGAGCCCUGGCUGACUUUGAAGACAAAAUGAAUGAGAGAUGGAGGAAAGAACUCGCCAAAAACAGAGAGAAAAUGUUAGGCGGAAGUGAAAAGGACAAGGAGGAGAAGAAAGACAAAAAAGAGAAAAAGAAGAAGGAGAAGAAGAAAUCCAGCAGGCAUUCUUCAUCUUCCUCCUCCUCAUCGAGUUAUGAUUCCUCCAGCAGCUCCUCCUCAGAGUCAGAUGACGAGGAUGAAAAGAACACUGUAAAGAAGAAGCGGAAGAGAAAGAAGUCGUCAUCCAGAAGAGCAUCGGACAGCUCAGAGGAUGAGUCAGAUGCUGAAAGCAAGAAGAAAAGGAAAAGAAUAAAGGAAGAAGGUGACAGAGAUAAGGAUGAAAAGAGCCGUAGAAGAAAGAGGAAGGCUGAGAGAAGUUAUAAAGGCUCAUCAUCAGAGUCGUCUGCUGACUCUGAUGAUGAUGAGGCAGUUGAAGCCAAGAAGAAAAAGAGAAGCAGCGAGGAAAAGGAGAAAUUCACAGAUAAAUCCAAGAAGAAGAGGAAAAGGAAGCACAAAAAACAUGGCAGAAAAAAGAAAAAGAAGACGGCGUCUCAGUCGGACUCGGACCUCGACUGAAAACAUGUCUUCCAUUUUUCUGACAGCUCAAAAGUAGAGUCAUCUUUGCCUUUGACUACCAAAAACUACUCGCAUCCAAUUUUUGGGGAUUUCCACCUAAACAGGGGAAGCAGCAGGCCUAAAUACUCGGCUUCUAUGUGUGAAGUGAAAAUUAGGAAGAAAGUGCUGGUCCCUCCAAGUGGAAACAAAUAGUGCAUAUCUUUCCUUUGUUUGUUUGUUUUACCACCACAAUUUUUCUGCAUUAUUGGUCUGAAGUUCACUCAAAGACAGGACUGAACUCCCCACACUUCCCUCUCUUUCCCCCCCCCCAUCUCUUUCUGGAGAUCUGAGUGUGCCUGGCACUCCCCACCACCUUAAGAAUGCUAGCCCUCUAGGAGUUAGCCUCUGUGCUUCAUACCUGACAUCUUUCAUUGCUACACGAGGCUGUUGAUGCUAGUGCCUGCGUGAUGCAUGUAGACGUGAUGACCAGAUGUCUCGCCAGCUUCAUAUUGAAGUUGGCCAUUGUUGUAAGAAAUGAGCGGCACAGUCAUACAGUAAUACAAGGGAUAAUUGUUUUCGUUAGAUGAGUUGUUACACUGCAGUGUAAUUGUACAAACAAUGGAGUUCAAUAAUAAAGUAUUGUUUUAACCUUU